CGCGACCAUGUCCCUUGCGUCUCAUACGGCCCUUUCGUCCUCUCAAAAAGCGUUGUUGAAACGAGGAAAAAUUGUAACAAUAUCGGAUCUCAUCCUUACGCCUGUUCAAGACAUUUCGCGAAGAUGCAGGGUCUCUCCGUUGGAGAUAAAUGCCAUUGUGGACACAGUAUGCCGAGCACACCCCAUACGUGCAUCUACACUAGACGAUCUCCUCUCGCCUCCCAACUUGUUCGGCAUAUGUACAUCCGGAGAUGCUUGUCUAGAUGCUGUCGUCGGUGGCGGCUUCCGCACAGGAAUGAUUUGGGAAGUAGUCGGUGAAAGCGCAGCUGGGAAGACCCAACUGGCGUUACGAAUGAGCUUGCUUGUGCAGCUAUCGAACGAAUUUGGUGGCCUCGCUGGCUCAGCGUGCUACUUGUUAACUUCGGGCAAGCUCCCAACCUCCCGCAUUAUGCAGAUUUCCCAACACCAUCCUUUGCUUGCUUCUUCUGGACAAUGUAGCCUUGAUCAUAUACAUACCAUGUCUGUUCCUAGCAUCGACUUUCUGGUUCACGCUCUGUCCUCGCUUCUUCCGGACUUCAUCAAGCUCAAGUUGGAACAAAACAGGUCUGACUCUACCAUCUUGCCAGUCCGAUUAGUGGUGAUAGACGCACUCGGAGAGCUUUUUCACUCUUCAGGCAAAACUUCAACUCAAACUUUGGUCCAACGUGCUCAGAAUGUCACGGAGAUAUCCGCACAUCUACACUCUGUUGCUAGCAAAUUUGGCAUCGUCGUUAUUGUCCUGAAUGAAGUCGUAGAUGCAUUCGACCGAGAGCCAGAUAACGAAGAAACUCCUACUACUGGUCUCUCCUACGCAGAACAAUCGAAGUGGUUCGCCAGAGCACACAGUCUACCCGGAGAAAAUCGAAAAGAGGCUAGUUUGGGCCUGGUAUGGGCAAAUCAGGUCAACGCUCGUAUAAUGAUGUCUCGGACUGGACGAAGAAGAUAUACAAAUUUUGGCCAGUCGGCAACGCAAAAACGUCAAAAAACGAGCAACGGACAUCAUACAGGAAAUACUCCUACUGAAGAUCCCGAACGUCUCGAGUUAGUCCGUCGUCUAAGCAUUGUGUUCAGUUCGGUUUCUGACCCUGGGUCGCUGGAUUACGUUGUGGAUUCUGCUGGAAUCACUGUCCUGCAGGAAGAAGAACAAGGGUCUUCAAGGAAAACAACGGCAAACGAGCCUACCGCCUUGCCAUCUGUCGCCCUUCCACCUACAAUGUCUAGUUCACAGAUUGCCCCGCUGGAUGCAGGCGUUGUUGAAAGCGAGACUGCAGUGCGUAUUGACCUACCUCCUGAGCCAAACGGGGCACCGGAUGAUGAAGACGAAUGGGAGGCCUUUUGGGAAAAGGACGAGAUAACGGAAGAAAUGUACCUUGCAGCAUCUUCGAACCCAGACAAGUAGUGCAAUAUUUAUGAGGAUAUUUAUUGCCGUACCGUACGCGAUUUGUGUUGUUUGCAAUGUUUGAGCCUCUGGGGGAUUUAACUUACAACAUACUCACUCUGCUAUUCUUAAUUGAC